AUGACUGGACAACAAGGAGCUACCACACUGUGGUCUGGCUUGGAGACCAGAGGCAUGAAAGAAGCCAAGUGUUCGUUGCUGCUGCAAGAAGAUGCUGCUUUUGAACCCAAGAUCAAGGCACUCCCCAAACAACGGGUGCUCGUAUACCAAGACAAGGGAUUCCAUCCAAACAGUGCUAGCUCCAAUCACAACAGUGCUGCUAACGGAUCCAAUCCAAAUGGGGCAAACAACUCUAAUGAAGACAACUUCUACGUCGACUUCAAAGGAUGCACCAUCUUGCAAUUAGAACCUUCCUUUGGACCCACACCCCAACGAACCAUGCCCGUCACUCUCACCGUAGGAGGCCGUUGUAUCUUCACACCCGAAAACUAUCAUGACUUUAGAGUCAUGAUGCGCACCAAGGAACAGUCACGAGAAAUGGAUAUCGCACCCAACGGAAACUUUGAUUGGCCCGAUGUACAGUCCAUGCUGCUCUGUCCACUCUGUGGAAGCAAGGCGCCCAUCCCACAAGAAAGAGACGAAUACGAACUGGAAUACUGGAUGCUCUUCUACCCACUCUUACAAAUUACCGUCAUGAAGGGAUCACAAAUGACACUCGGAACUAGAACCGUAUGUCGCUUAACGUGUCUCGAAUGCAUGGAAAACUUGUUGGAGGGAAUGGUACUCACCGUACAACCUGGAUCUUCGGCCACCAACUCCACCAAGAAUACGAGACUCUCAUUCACGCUGCCGGCCUCUAAUGUUCUCGCAGAGGCUGGAUCGGCUUCAUUCCUCGAAGACGGACCACCAAGACCCGAAACACAUCCACACGUUGACGAUAUUCUGGAUGCAUGGACCUUGUACAAUUUGUGGGAACAUUCCGGUGCUUGGGAAGCUCUACAGAAUGACUACAGAAUCGUUCUGUCACGAUCCAUGCAAGGAGACGGAGGCGGCGGGGCUGGAGAUGAAGAUGCAGCCGCUGCAGCUGGAGAAGGGGAUGGACAAGCCGCAUCAUCCUCAUCGGCACAGCAACCUCGGUUGCGAGAAAAACUUGGAAAAGCAUGUGGUAACCAAAAAUGCAAAAAAAUACAAGGCAAGAAGGAUCGCACUUCGGGGGAAAUCAUUCGUCUCACCGUACGCUGCAAAGAGUGCUUCUCGGAAUUCUACUGUAGCAAGAAUUGUCGAGAAAAGGCACGAGAAAAACACAAACCGGACUGUCUAGCCAAGCAACAAGAACGCAGGGAACGAAGAGAGAAGAAGGCCAAACGGGUACAGUGCGAUACCUGUGGCCAAAAACUACCGUACACACAAAUGAAAAAAUGCUCCCGUUGUCGACAAGCUACCUACUGCAGCGUCGAAUGCCAACGCGCCGCAUGGGCCGAUCACAAAGCUCACUGCGUCAAACGGGGGUAA